CUCUCACACACACACACACUCACUCACUCAUUCACACACUCAUUCACACUAACACACACGCAUGCAGGCUCACUAUUCUUCCUUUCAUACCAUCACAUCAGUUCUGUCUGUUUAUCUGUCAGUCUGUGUAAACACUGUUUACCCUCCUAUAGUCUAGUCUUGUGUAGCUAAAUAUAAAGUUCUGUAAACAUCUUUAUUAGGUUGUUACAAAAAAUAUAUUCCUACAUUCUCAGAAAAAGUGGUUCAGAAGCGGUCACUGGGGUUGUAUCCUUUCAAAAGAUACUAAUGCACUGUUAAGGUACUCGUAUGCAAGUAUAGUGAGCGGUGUGUUAUGAGCUGUUCUCUCUCAGUCUCUGGCAGAGUUUGAUCUGCGCUCAGUGACGUAUGAGAUCAAAUCAGCUCGAUGUCACGAAAUGCGUCUCAUCAAGCCGCCCCACGACUGCCUCACGUUCACCUUCCGCAGCGAGCAGGAGGCGCAGGAGUGGGCCACCGUCAUGAUGUCAUCGCUCAGAGAGUCGCACAGAGUUGCCAACAUUUCUCAUCCUUCAAAUGAUGGAGAGCAGAAUAUGAAUUGUGGAGAGAAUAACUCUGUCUUGUCGCUGUCUAUGAAAGAGGAGCUGUGUCUAGAGCUUUCUCGAGCGAUCGAGGCUGGAGAUACUCAUGCUGCUGUGCACUACGCCACAGAUCUGGCCAAGCAGCAGAUCACACUGAGUAUCCAACCAGCGCUGCGGGACACAGACGACACGGAGAUCAGCUUAGCUGUGGUUGUAGAAGAUGCGUCGUCUUCCUGCUGUGUCACAGUGAAAGUCCACCCUCACGUGACCGUCGCUUCUCUGAAGCAGCAGAUGUUUGUUGAGUAUGGUUUCCACCCCAGCGUGCAGCGCUGGGUCAUUGCUCAGUGUCUGUGCUCUGACGGCCGCUCUCUAGCGUCGUAUGGCAUCUACAGGGACGGCGACACUGCGUUUCUCUAUCUCUUGUCUGCUCGUCACGCCUGCCUCAGUCGCCAGCAGCAGGAGAACGGUGUGUCGAUGCCGACUGCAGCAGCGCCGCCGAACGCCUCGCUCGGCCCCACACCGGCCCCCAGCGGCCCCGGCAGCCACGACUGGAGAGGCUACAGCACCUUACCUUCCCGCCUUAGCCACAGCAGCACAGGCAGCAGUGGGUGUGGCCCAGAGAAACCCUGCGUCAGUGACAUCAUUAACCUCGAGAUGUUGCAACUUGGAUCCAAACUGAAAUCAAGUAACACGCAGUCAGGCUGGUCCUGUCCAUCCUGUACGUUCAUAAAUAAGUCUACGAGACCCGGCUGUGAAAUCUGCAGCACAGAUCGACCCGAUCACAGCAGCGUUCAACAGGAAAAAGCUAGAAGAUCUAACCAGUGAAAGUGUGCUGUAAACACACACAAAUAGAGACAAAACCCCUAAAAUAAUCUGUCACACAUUCACAUUCGAACGACGCGUGAGGACCUACAAUGCGAGUAAGAGUUGGCCUGCAGCGUAUUUAACCGGUGGGUUAAUCUCUAUUAGUUUACAGUAACUAGUAACUGACUUGUGCUUGGUUUCCCUUAAAGGAGUCGUGACAUGGAUUUGCUUUUGAGCUUGAUUAAACGCUUUGUUUUUAAUGAGGAUUAAGCUGUGAAACUUGCAGGAUGUUUUAAAGGUACAAAGACCUCUUAUAUGUCAAAAGAUCGAGGAACAUUAUAUUUCUCAUGCCGUGACGCCUUUAAUGGAGUGAUAUAACUGUUGAACAGUAUUAGGCACCAGAAGUUAUUCAGGUUCAUUGAGAUAAUAAAAAACAAAGCAGAAACUGUGUCAUGCGUGGCGUUAGAUGGUACGAACUCAAGUCUAUUUAGGACAAAUUGCAAGUUGUGCUUUAAAUAAGACAUUAUAAGAAUCCUUUAGCUUUGGUUGUAGAUUCAGAUGUGUAAUCUGAAGAGGAACGCUACAGUGGCAAAAUUCAACGUUAAUUAAAAAUACAGCAUUUCAAGCUUUAUUUUAAUGCACUUGUUGGAAAGGAGACGAUGCACAAGUUAGAAUUUCUAGAUUUCAGUCCAUUUGCAGACGUGACGCUUCUUUUGCUGUUUAUUCACAAGCUCAUACUGUAAUUUCUGCUCGUGCAACUGUUUAGGAAUAUUCUUCCCUCACUUCACGGUGUGUAAAUCAGUGUUCAUGUCCACUAGAACUAGAACAGGUUAAUUUAUGUUCAUUAAGCUCUAUUUUAGGGGCUUAUGUUUUAAAUGUCAUUAUGUGACGAGGCCAGUACAUAAUGAGAAGAACAACUGAAUGGAACUUGCAUAAAUGCAUGUUAUGUCAAAUUUAUGGUCUAAUUAUUCCUUAUCAAAUCGACUGGGAAUUCUCAUUGAAGACUUUGUUCAUAUUUGGAACAAACUACAUUCAGAUACAGGGUUAUGUUAUUUUUUUUACAUAGUGUUAUUUAAUGAACAGUUGCUUUGAACUGAAUUAUAAUUGCAUUGAAUAUGUGUGUAUUGUAAAUGAUUGUGUUUAAAGUCUACCUGCAUUU